AUGCCACCACCAACACAACAUCCUUCUGCCCCGGAACAAUCCAGCUCUUCACGAUACUCCUCGUCCACCUCUUCACGUCCCUCAUCACCACAAGAUGAACCCUCUCAACCCUCCUUCCCCCGCAUCUCCUCUUCCUCCUCUUACUCCCAACCAUCUCAGCCAAACAAUGAUCAGCCACCCAGAGAUGAUCGACCGCCCCAGCUAUCCCACCGAGCUACCACCCGCAAUGCCAACGCUCGCACAUCAACCAUCCGUACAUCCACCGCCACCGGCGCUCCCUCACGCCCUUCUCACCAAUCUCCACCCCGCCGAGCUGCAGGACCACCCGAUACCCUCCGCGAAAAGAUCUUCCACGCCCUGCCUCCCCACACGGGACCCCUAAACGUCGGUUUCAUGGAACUCGAGCUUCCCGUCCGCGACCCGCGCACUUUUUCGCACAUUAAACGCAACGGGGAGUGUGCGCUCAAGCUCGACACCGUCCUUUUUGCAGUGUACUACCCGUGCGAAGGACCGGAGGAGAAGCCGAAGGAGAAAGCGAUAAUGACAAGGGAUCGGAUCCGGCGAUGCAGGGGAAGUGGGAAUUGGGAGGGAUGGGAUGAUGAAAGGAGGGAGGAAGGAAAUGGGGUUGAGAAGGAAGGAAAGAGAAGGGGAAUGAAGAAUGGGGGAUUGACGAGGCCGCCUUGGCUACCUAGGCCGAGAUUGAGUACGUGCAAGGGGUACGCUAACUUUGCGAACAUGCCGAAUGCGCCGGUUGCUACGUACUUUGCUUUGACGAGCAUGUUUACCAAGUUGCCGGCGUGGCGAAACGCGAAGCUGAGCGAUGGGCCGUCAUUGGCGGGACCGGAGGAGAUGGGAGAGGAAGCGCUGAAUAGGGGGUUCAGUGAUACGAGCGAAGUGACACUUGUCUGGGGCCCGAGGCCGGCGCCGGAUGCGGAGGAGUUACGAAGACGGAGGGCGAAGUACCCGGUCAUCAUGUUCAGCCACGGCCUCGGCGGGUCGAGGACGGUGCACAGUACCAUCUGCGGAGAACUAGCCAGCUACGGAUUUGUGGUGGUCGCGAUGGAGCACCGCGAUGGAAGCGGAGCGAGGACCUACGUGAAUAAGGAAGGGUCAUUGCCGGACUUGUGCAGCCAGAACCUGGAUCGGAGGUCGAACACGAAACGGGAGAAGGAAGAAGGUUCGCUAUUCCACAAGAAACGACAACGGAAGAAGAAUGGCAACAACAAGCCGUACUACAUGGUGGACUACCUCUUUCCGCUCGACAACGCGCAAGAUACCCGACCGCAUAACCCGGCCGGAGUAGACACGGAGUUACGUUCGGCGCAAAUAGACAUGAGAUGUGCCGAGAUCCAAGAGGCAUACUACAUCUUGGGAAUGAUCAAUGACGGGCAAGGAGAAGAGGUUGCGCGCCGCAAUCUAAGGAAGAAAGGAAAUAAAGGCUCAAGCUCAAAGGGGCUCAUCGGCAUCGACUGGGUGGAUUGGACGGGAAGGCUAUACCUGAAUGAUGUGACGAUGAUGGGUCACUCGUUCGGAGGAGCAACGGCGGCGCAAGUGCUCAGAUUACACGAAGACUUCACGUGGAUCUCGCAGGGUAUCUUACUCGACGCGUGGGGCCCAGCGAUGCCGGAGGACUCGAGCGAGGAGCACAAGAUCCGGAAGCCAAUAUUGGCCCUCGGUAGCGAGGCCUUCAUGCACUGGAAGGACAAUUUCAAACGCGUAGAGAAACUCUGCCUCGAAGCCCGGGAGGCGGGCGUUCCUGCUUGGAUGACGACGAUCCGGGGCUCGGUCCACCUGGCAGCGGCGGAUUUUGCGGUCCUUUAUCCAAAUUGGAUGUCACUGCUUAUGAAGUCUCUUGUGAAUCCAAAGCGCGCGAUCCAGCUUCAUGUCGAAUCGGCACUUGAGUUUUUCAGAAUGACGCUCCCAGAACAACAGCAUGCCAGAUUCAGCAAAGCCUGGCCGUUCGAAGAGGGGCUGCUGACGACGACACCGGGUGCGGCUAACGAGGUCUCUUUGGAAUUCCGGCCUGACAAGAAAUGGGUAGCCGCUCGGCUAAAGAUUCCCCAUGAGUUCAAGCUACGCGUCCGAAGCUGGGCCAAGAGGAGAAUACAACCAGGCCCAGAUAUACCAAGAGAUGGAAGGGGAAAGCCCCUUGCAGGACUGGUAAACUGGGGUGCAGGAAACGAAAUCUGGGUGCACAUCAGUCCAGACAAGGAGGAAGUGCCCAAUGUAAGCGAAGAGGCAGAGUAG